AUGUCGUCUCUUGAAAACGGAGUUGAAACAAUCCGACCGAAGAUUGCCAAUCUUUCACCACUUGGUCUCACCUCUUUAGCCUUGGCCAUGUUCAUAUUAUCAAUCCAAAAUAUUGGUUAUGUCCAAAUUUCAGUGUUUAUUUCUGGCUCAACCUUAAUAUACAGUGGUAUUUCUCAAUCAUUGGCCAGUAUAUGGGAGUACCGCACCGGUAAUACAUUCGCCGCGACAGUUUUCUCUUCGUAUGGCGGAUUCUUUUUUCUUUCAGCAUUUAUUGAGUCGAAAUCUAUUUCCUUUCUUGCUACUGGUUACGAUAAAGAUUUUGACUAUGGCCUAGGAGUCUACCUUGCCGGAUGGGCCCUCUUUUCACUCAUAUUGUCAUUAGUAACUUUUCGCUCAAACAAAAGCUUAUUUGCUUUGUUCUUCUUCAUGUGGCUCACCCUAAUGCUUUUCUCUAUCAGCAAGUUCAUCCCACCUCAUAAUAUACCUGGCAAAGAUGAUCUCGGAAUCUUUUUUUUCCCUAAAAAAGUGAAUGUGAACGGUGCGACUACAUGUGGUGGAAUUUUUGGCAUAAUUACUGCCUUAAUCGCUUGGUAUAAUGCUUUCACCGGUCUCCUAAACAAAGAAUCUUCUCACUCCUCUAUUCAUGCCUCAGAUUUGGGCGGAAAGCACAAAUAA